GAACUGUCUUGACAUUUGUAUUGAAAAUCCUGACCUUGGUGUUGGUUGACAGUUGCUUUGAGUUCCAGAUGUUCCUCAGUUGUAAAUAUGCUGCUCUUGCUUUGCCGAUCCGCGCCUUCACAUCUGCAAAAAAAAAUUAUUCAAACGUCAGUUAUCUAGUUUAGUGAAUUUAGAUUCCAAGGUGACCUAUCUAGAUGUCUGGGCCACCUUUCUCCUAACUAUAAAUAUAGUGAUUAACGUUACUGUUUUCAAUCAGUUUAGAUUGAAUGAUUAUGAAUACUAGCUAUAUGCGCUCAAAUACUGUAAUAGAAUGCUCACAAUUUAUUGCGUUGUUAUACAUCGAAAAGUUUAAAAGGGAAUGUCACAUUUGUUGGUAUAUUUUCCUCUUUAUCUGUUCUUCUAUAUAGACGAGAGAUGAAUGUCAUAAUUCAUGCAUGGCUGUUGUAAAAUAGUUGUAGCAGUUGAACUAAUAAAAACGUUUUGUGACCGAGAACAAUUGGGAACUACUGAUUGUUAAUAGCAUUUAUAAAAUAUAUCAAUAAAUACUUACAGUUUGAAUGCAUGUUAAAUAGAAAUUUGUCGCAGUAUUGCAUAAUCAAGUUCCCAGUUCAGUUUCACGUUCCAUUAAAGAUUGAAUCAUUUUCUCUAUUUGAAUAAAGCAUUCUGUUUCAGAAAUCUUUAUUUCAUGAGAGACAGGUUUUAUCUCAGAUAUUUGUUUAUAUUAAUGAAUAUUAGAAAUAUUCUUCUUUUAAGUGUCUAUUGUUUGCUUACAUUAGAACGAAAUUGAGUCUUCAACCUAUAGACAUUUCAUUUAUUCCUUCGCGUUAUUUAAGUAUCUUUAGCGGAACUGUUGCUAUUGGUGUCUACCGAUAUUACUAAUGUGCUUUACAAUGUACCUUUGGUUAGACAUCAGUGCUAAUAGCUUACAGUUAAAAUUUAAACUGCACGAUAUCAUUCUAUUCAAAAAUCGUCGUCCGAAUUCACUUUCAGUCUCAUAUGUGUAUCAUAUUCCUAUUAAAUUGUGAAUGUUUUGUCUUUUUAUGCAAGCUCAAGUGGUGAGAUCCAAAAUUUAUGAUACCUAACUGUUCUUUAAUUAGUCGCUUAUUCGACUUUGCUUUUUAUUGUCCUGUUAAUAUGUCUGCAUUUUUAUGACUAGAUCCUCUGUCAUUUUUAAUAAAUGUCUCAUAAAAACACGCUCAAAAGUUCGUAUUCAUUAUUUAUAUGAUUAAUUUUUUCACCACAUACUUGGGUAUAAACUACCCUUGAAGUGUAAAAACAUGAUACUAUUCGGUUGCCUAAGCUGAAGUAGAUGGAUAGAGGAUCAGGUUCACGACAUAUUGGCCAGAGGUUGAAUGCCUUAACCACUAAGUUAUCAAUUCACUUGUAUGUGUGAGAUGUGAUUAAUAUACUUAUACUGGGAAUAUCUCAUGUGAUUGAUAGUCUCAUCUAAAUUUCUUAAAUUAUAUAAACUGAUAAAACUUGAUAGAAGUUAUCAGUAUUAGUCGUUAAAUCAUUCUUUCCUCUUGAAUAAUUUUCUUAGUUAUUUAUCACUGAAAUACAGUUAAUCAGAUAAAAAUUGAAGAUAAAAUUAAUUAUUCCUAUGCGAUUAAUAAUAAUAAUCGUAAUCAUCAUCACUUGUUGUAUUUCUUGUUUCAGUGUCUUUUGCUCGCACACACACACUCACAUCACAUUCUCUUUUCAAUUCUUGUUUAUCAAAAGUGAUCAUAGACUUUCUUUUCAAUCCCUAAUAUUCACUUUCCUAUUUCUUCACCGUUUUUUUUUGUUGCUAAUCCAUGUUUCUAUUGGUUAAUUGUUAAUUAUAAUAUCGAGUCAUUCACAUCUGAUAUUGUUCACUUUAAACCUUUGUAAUAUUUUCGCUGUUUGUUAUUGCAGAAUGGAAUGAAAUGUUCGCCUCCUUUUUACAUUAUGAUAUAUAUAUACCCCAACACAUCCAUCUACUCAUUCUUAAAAAUUACGAAUGGAUUCAUUCUCUGAUAGACAUGAUUUCUCAUUAGUGGAUAGUCGUGAACGUCAACGUCAGCGUAGUGUUAAUCAAGCAUUUGCCGAGCUCAGAUAUAUCCUACCUACUCAUCCACCGGAUAAAAAAUUAAGCAAACAUGAAAUUCUACGCCUCAGUAUAAAAUAUAUUCAUAUUUUAGAAACUAUUCUCAAGUAUCAAGAAGAGGUAGAAGGACGUUUACCUAUUUCAAAUACAUCACAUAUUUGUACAGCAACAACAACAUCAUCGUCAUCAAAAUCCAAAUAAACAAUCAUUUUCAAAAUAUAUACUACUUAUAAAUAUUAAAUUAAUAUAGGAUUCUUAUGUUCAUGUGAAUUUAUUCUUAUUUCCUUUAUUUCAAUUACUAUCAAUAUUCUGCUGAGAAAACAAAUUGUCCUUUCAAAAUGAUAUAGGGAAUUAUGUGUAUAAAAUUGUCCUUUCAUUCAUAUAGAACUUAGUUUUGCUAUUGUUUCUUUUAUAUAUGUAGUUGUUUUUUUUUAACAUUUAAACUAAUUUUACAUUCCAGACUUGUUAUUGUCACUGUUGGAAUGUCUUUUCAAACAGAUAGUGUAACUCCUUAUGAUCUCGAUGAAGUUUCUUCGAAUCCAGCUAAGAACAACAAUAAAACAUUAACUAAUAAUAGUACUAUACAAAAUACAAUAAGACAAAUGAAGUUUAACAUUUCAAAUUAUUUAAUCACUAACCGAAAUAAAUCAAAUCAAAUUAGAUUAAAUGAUAAUAUGCAUAUAAAUGAUAUUACUAAUGAAUCAUCUUCUAAAUUAUCUCAUCAAAAUGAUUCGGAAUUUCUCAAUACCGGAUUUACUUUAAUUGCUUAUACAUUUCUACUUCAAAUGAUUUUACAUAUCAUGACAUUUUUAUUGAAUAGUCUUUCUUAUCGUUAUUUGGAUACAGCUAGUUUAGGCUUAGUCAAUGUUCGACUUGGUUUAUUUUAUUCAACAUUGAUAUUUACUUCAAGAGAAGCAUUUCGUCGUGCAUGUCUUAGUCGUGGUGGUCAAGUAGUCAAUAGUAACGAUAAUAAUAAUAAUAAUAAUAAUAAUAAUAAUAAUAAUAAUAAUAAUAAUAAUCGAAAAUCAACUGAAUCAUUAUCAAAUGCAAAUGUUACUACAAUAAUUGAUUCUACAAAUGAAGAUUUUGUUGAUGUUUCUCAGUUGAUUAAAAGUUGUAAGCAUGAAAUUAAUCAAGAUGGUCAUACUUCAAUUCAGUGUAGUUUACAAUAUAAAGAACAAUUGUAUGGAAUUUUAAAUCUUGCUUGGCUAGUACUUCCAAUUGGUUUCAUCAUUGUAAUACUAUUGAGUUUUGUGUGGAUUUAUAUCUUACCAUCUCCAAGUAAUCUAAUUAAUGAGUCAAAUUCUGAAUUAAAUUUAACAUCGUCAAUUAUUGAACAACGUUACAUCCUCUGUAUCAUGAUAUACGCUUUAUCUGGUCUUUUUGAAUUAGCUACUGAACCAUUAUGGCUUAUUUGUCAAUUAUCUCAUGAAGUUCGUGCAAGAAUUUUCAUUGAAGCUUUUGCUAAUACUGCUCGUUCAAUUGGAAUACUAUUUGCAAUAUUUACUGUACCAUCCCAGUAUGCCAUUUAUUCACUUAGUAUACCUCAACUUCUUCAUGGUUCAACAUUGUUCAUAAGUUACUUAUUGUAUUUUCAAUAUGGUAUACCACGUUCAACAUCAAAUAACGAAUUGAAACUUAAAGGAAUCACAGGAAUCGCUUCGUUAAAAGAUAUUUUACCAAGUUAUUUUCGGUAUUCUAUCGAUCGACAAGGCCUACAACUUGUAAAGAACUUUUUUGGUCAGUGUAUACUGAAACAACUUUUAACAGAAGAUCAAGUCUCAACUUUGUCAGUAUGGGGUUUUAAAGAUUGCUAAUUCUCGUUGAAUUCAUGAAUUAAUCUGAGUUAGAACACCAUAUAAAUCUGGGAACACUAGACGACCGUUUCUUCCUAAUAUGGGACUCCUCGUCAUUGUGCAUCCAAGAGUCCACGCAAGCGAAUCGAUUUCUGCAAACGCUUAAGCUCUAAAUCACUGAGCCGGUAUUCAACGAUAUUAAUGUUUAACAUCGAUCAAUCCAAAUCUCAACUUGUUGGUAGAGUGGUAUUUUAGUUAUUAAAAUACUCGAGUUUCACCCUCCGACCAAUAAGUCACACGUAUUUGAACCCACUUGGUCCACUUCUGUUUUUACAGAUGAUUAGCACAACUAAGCAUCACAAUAAAAAAUAUCGUACGUCAUGAAGAAGGACCUAACAUACCUAGUGAUCAGUCAAUUGUAAAUAGUGAAAGAUAUUUAAUCAGUGCGUUCCAUCUGAUAAGUUUCACUGAUCAGGGUAUAUAUGAUCUCGUCAAUAAUUUGGGCUCUUUAGCGGCUCGUCUACUUUUCUUACCAUUGGAAGAAAGUUGUCAUUUUAUGUUUAGUCAAUGUAUUCAAAGAGAUGUCUCUCCAAGUAAACAAGACAAAAAAUUACUUAUGGAUGCAUUUCGUAUGCUUAAAACAGCUUUACGUAUUUCAAGUCUUAUAGCCUGGAUUGGUGUAACUUUUGCUCAAGCUAAUUCUCGUUUAUUAUUAAUGACUUACGCCGGGCAUAGAUUAGCUAAUAAUUAUGUAGCGGUCAAUUUAUUACAAUUAUAUUCUGCUUAUGUUUUGUUACUUGCAUGGAAUGGUUCGACUGAAGCGCUGUUGAAUUCCGCAAUGUCAACAGAUGAAGUUUUACGUCACAAUCAACGAUUAGUAAUAUUUUCUAUAAUAUUUCUCAGCGCAAAUUGGUUUCUUGUCCCAAUAUUCAAUGUAUACGGUUUUGUACUGGCCAAUUGUAUUAAUAUGACUACUCGUAUUUUAUAUAGUGUUUAUUAUAUUAACAAUUUUUUGGCAAAAAUUGAUGAACCAACGAAUAUUGAAAAACAAAACAACUUGGAUGAUGAUAAUGAUAGCAGCUGCAGUAGUAGUGAUAAAUCAUCGACCUUCGUUGUGUUAUCAAACUGUGAAAUGGAAAAAUUCUCAAAUAUUUCAUUAUUAUCAUUAAUGUUUCCAUCAUAUAGUGAAAUGUGCAUUCUAUCCAUUUCACUUGUAUGUACUUUAAUUUCACAAUACUUUUUCUGUUGUUCUUUUGGCAUUCUAUGGAUGAUAUUACAUGGUACAAUUACAUUCGGAUUCUUAUUCAUCACAUUAAUAAUAAUUUAUUACAAAGAAGUUGAUAUUCUACAACUUAUUCAAAAUCGUUUACCAUCUUUAUUACAAUACAAAAAAUCACAAUAAAUCCCAGUUAUUAAUCAUACUCUUUCAUUUGUAAUGUUCCUUAUUUCAAAUAAAUGCUUUAAUUCAAUGCUUCUAUAGUCUUUCACAGUUUAUAUUUCUUUGUUGAGUUCAUUCAAUAUCUUGUUGAAUAGUUAAAAAGAAAAGUACUUAUGCUGUUGUAAUAAUUAUUUUAAAAUGUGUUUAAAUUAUACUUUUUUUUGAUGGAGUUUUGUUUUCUGAGCUGGAUGGUUUAGUCUAGGAGCAUUCAUCGUUAUUCUGAACAAUAUCAUUAUCUACCUGAAGUAUGUUCUGAUGAUGUUGUUCAGAAGAACUAUGAAAGCUCCAUGAUUAAACCAUCCAUCUCGAAGAAUAAAACUUCAUCAAAAUCAUCCAUCUGAGCUACAAAUCUCCACUUUUUUGUGCUUUAACUGUAUAUAAAUAUAAUUUCAUGAAAAUUAAUAUCAUU